AUGCCACAGUCCCCAUACCAUCCAAUAGCAUUAAUAAUUCCAUCACAAAUUCAUCUAAUUGUUUUAGCUCCUUAUACAUCCCACAAAAAAACAGUUUACAAGUAUUUAAAAAGACUUGAUAAAAAUAAAGGAGCUGGUCCGGAUAGAAUUCAUCCAGUUUUUAUAAAUAUUUGUGCUUGUUCUCUUAGCAAGCCCUUAACCAUAAUUUUCAACGAAUCAUUGCGAUCAGGUGUAUUUCCAGAAAAAUGGAAAAUAACGAAAGUCGUCCCAGUAUUCAAAAACGGCGAUAGUAAAAAUGUUAUUAAUUAUCGACCAAUAUCUAUAUUGUCAGCUUUUUCGAAGAUAUUUGAGGCCGUAGUUUAUCCUUAUUUAUCUAGCUAUUUUAAGCCCUACCUCUCUGAAAACCAACAUGGAUUUGUUAAAAAUCGCUCAACAAUAACGAAUUUAAUAUCUUAUGUAGGUUUCUUAACAGAAAAAGUCGACACUCAACUUCAAGUAGAUGCUAUAUACACAGACUUUUCUAAAGCAUUCGACAGAGUGUGCCAUCGAACUCUAUUGCAUAAAUUAUCUAAUUACGGUUUUUGUGGGUCUAUGGUUGGUUGGUUUGAGUCGUAUCUACGUGGUCGAACUAACUAUGUAGUACUAAACGGUUACAGGUCUGAUAACUAUAUAUCCAGUUCUGGCGUUCCACAAGGUUCUCACCUGGGGCCGUGGCUAUUUAACGUGUUCAUUAAUGAUUUGGAUCAACAAAUAAGAAAUAGUAAGGUCCUAUUAUUUGCAGAUGACUUAAAGAUAGCUAGAGUGAUUAAUUGUUCCAAUGAUUCACAAUUUUUACAAGAUGAUAUUGAUGGUCUAGUAAAUUGGUGUAGCAUUAAUAAUGUGCAGCUCAAUCCAACUAAAUGUUAUCAAAUCUCUUUCACACGUAAAUUAUCUCCAUUUAAAAUGAAAUAUAAAAUAAAUAAGGAAGAAUUACAGAUUGUGGAUCUUAUUAAGGAUUUGGGCAUUUUUUUGGAUUCUAAACUGACUUUUAUUCCACAAAUGGACCGCAUGAUAGAGAAAGCUUCAAGGACUUUAGGCUUCAUAUUAAGAAACAGUAAAACCUUUAAGAACAUCACAACUAAAAAAAUAUUAUUUAAUACCUAUGUCCGCAGCAUAAUAGAAUAUGGGAGCGUAAAAUGGUCACCACAAUACAAAGUCCAUCAACUACGUAUAGAAAGGAUACAAAAACGGUUUAUGAGGAAUCUAGCUUAUUGUAGUAAUAUAAAUGACAAAAAACUUGCCGGAUAUAAUGAGAAGUUAAAAUUCUUCGGCGUUGACAGCUUACCAAUUAACGUCAAACCUGAUUUUGCAGUCGCGAUCGUCAAAGCUUGCGGUGUACUACACAACUUUGUUCGUGAUCGAGAUGGUUACCAGGUGGAGGACACAGAUUUUAUUACAGGACUAGAAGAUGUCCUAAGACAAACCCAGUCACGCGGAGGGCUUACACCAAACAAUAUACGAAACAUAUUGAGUGACUAUUUUGUAUCAAAUAUAGGGGCGGUCCCUUGGCAAAUGUCAAAAAUAUAA